UCUUCUCUCUCUUAUUCCAUCAACAUUCAACAUUUAACGACAACAACGUUGUCCUCUCCGAAUAAUUUCUCUUUGUCCUUCAACACCCAUUUCCUCGGAUAUUCCAAUUCUCUCCGAUUUCUUUCAAUCAUGUCAUCGCAUGAGAAUGCUAGGCCUCUUCCAAAAUUUGGCGAGUGGGAUGUAAAUGACCCGGCCUCAGCCGACGGAUUUACGGUCAUAUUCAACAAGGCUAGUGAUGAAAAGAAAACUGGUGGUGUUGCUGGGAAUGUGGCAGCAACAUCGCCUUGCAAAUAUGCCGCGCCAAAGCAAACUAGCAACUUCAAGUACCCGACAAAGAGCAAAUGGUUUUGCUGCUUUUGAGUUGCUUCAUUUCCUCAUCGCAAAAGCGCCUGGACGAGAGAAGAGUAGGCGUUGCUGGUGGUUUAGGACAUAAGAGUUCUGUUCAAGAGCAGGCCAAUGUAGAUUGGAGAGUCUCCAAUGGAGACACUAUUUUCCUUUAUUUUUUUUCUUUCUUUUAACACCCCAUAAACUUGAGAGUUUACUUUUUCCUCCUCUUUUUUUUAGGCUUUGCAUUGCUGUAUAAGAGGAGAGUAACGUAGAUAGAAGAAUCCUCUUGGCAAUGAAAUUAUACAUUGUUCUUGUUUGUUUCUGUCUCAACUUAGAUCAGCCACAUAUAGAGUAGAAGAAUGUUGGCCAUUCUAAUAAAUUUCUCACUUGUGAACA